AUGCCUCCUUCCAUGCAAAAAAGCGACAGCACAUCUGUUCGCGAGCGUGUUUUGGCAAUCGAACGAGGCCAACAGAGCGAGAAUUCCAUCAUCAGAGCUCGAUAUGUACCGGAUGUACGGGGAGUGAAUCGUUACAAGCACUUUCAUGUUGUCAAUUCGCCGCCAGUUGUGAAACAGAAUGGGCACGAAAAGCUGAAUCAACCUAAGAGGACGGCUGAUUUGCCACAACUCCAUUCAACAAGGACACGUCCUGUUCGAAGCAUCAUCGCCGACUUGGACAAUGGAGUUGAGAAAGGAAGACGGAACAAGAAAACUACUCUGCCACAACUUGGUGGGUCAACCACCCUCGCGACAUUGACAAAGACCCAGAAAGAGAAGGACAUCUGUGACUACAUAGAGCAGCAAGCUAAAUCGGCUAUGGCUUCAUCUGAUUCACUGUCAUCGUCGACCACAACAAGAUCCACCCAUUCCGGUAGAAAACUACAAGAUCAUCUUACAAAUACUCAUCAUCAACAAUACACCCCACGGACGUUCGCAUCGUUGGCGAAGAAAUGA